UUAAAAUUAGCUAACCUUAGCUAUAAUAAUUUAAGUCUGGGACAAGCCGGGCCAGGGAAUGUUAACGUAUUGUCAAUACAGAUCGUACUGUAGUUUCCUUUACGCCCCCUUGACUUUUUUUUUUUUUUCGGCUAGAAAGUGGUUGCAAAUUUAUUAGCAACUUUUCCUUUAUGGGGAAAACAUGACGAUUUAGGUCUAUUUGAGAUCUUCAGUUGAAGCACGUUUUACAUUUGAGUUUACUCCAUCUUAUUCUGAAUAUGUAUACGCCAUAGUCAUUUAGUUUAAAAAACAAAAACAAAAAAAACAAAACCCUUCAGCCAGUGUUCGUAAUGGUCGUACCAGUCUAAGGCACUGCGAAUUAUUUUGAAAUCGCAACCGGAAACUGUAUGAUGGACGUUCCUCCUGGACGUGUUGACGCUCCGUACGUAUCAGGUUUAUGACAAAAAGCGAGCCGAGUGGCAGCGGCCCCCCGAAACAUGUCUGUAAUCCCCGGGAUGACACGGUGAACACCACCGGGGAUGGGAAUUUCCCCGCCGCUUAGACCAGCGAAUCACCAGACCGCGGCGAGGCCACCGGGGCGUUAAGACGAACAGAGGCCACCGGGCUCUGCGUUUAUUCAAGAGAAGAUGGCGGAGUUCUCGCCCGUCCUGCCGAUGCGGGAUGGAGGAGGACGACUCGGUCAGCCCAUCUUCCCCCGGUCCAGGUCCGGUUCCGAGUCCGAGAGCGAGCUGUCCCAGAGCCUGGCUCGCACCAAGAUCCGGUCGUACGGCAGCACAGCCAGCGUCACGGCCUCCCUGGGGGAGAAGUACAUAGAGCAUCGGGUCACAGACAGCGAUACCCUUCAAGGGAUUGCUCUCAAAUACGGUGUCACGAUGGAGCAAAUCAAGAGAGCCAACAAGCUGUUCAGCAAUGACUGCAUCUUCUUGAGGAACAGCCUCAACAUCCCCGUGGUGUCGGAGAAGCGCUCCAUAUUUAAUGGACUGUCGCUGGAGUCUCCUGAUGGGGACGGUGACGCAGCGUGCCCGGAGGCCGAGACACCUUGCAUUGUGACGCAGGAUAUCGAGGGACCCUCGCCACCCCCUUCUCCGCCCGCUGAGGUCUCCAGGCGCCCCCAGCCCCAGCCCCAGCCAGAGGAGCUGUCUGCCAAAGACUUCUUACACAGACUGGACUUGCAAAUUAAACAGUCAAAGCAGGCUGCGCGUCGGCUGAAAGAAGAGGAAGUAAGGAGGGAUGAGGAGAACUACACGGCUCCCACAACGUCAUACCAGGAAAUAUAAAAGACCUGUCUGUUUACCUGAAGCCCUGUCUCGGGCACACACACACACACACACACACACACACACACAGUACCACAACCUACUUCCUUUUUCUUUUCUUUACCUUUUUUGCUUUUAUCAAACCACGCUGAACAAAAGUGUCAUGUUUGCCUUUUUAUUUAUUGAUAAGCAAUUAUUAUGAUGUAUAUGGUUGUCAUUGUUUUGUACAGUUGUACUGGGAGACUUAAAAGCGCGGAGGAGCAUCUGGUAUUAAUAGCAUCCGAGCACAUGUGCCCAUCCAGUCAGCUUACACAUCUGAAGCUGCUGUAUAAUGUGUAAGAUAGUCAGAGAAAAUGCUGCAUAUGUUCACAUACACACAAACGCAAACUUGCAUUCACUCACACACACACACACACACAAAGCACUAAGCAAUUCCAGAAGGAUUAGCCUGUUCAACUUGCUAAACGCUGCUCAUGUUCUCAAUCCUCUCCUAAAAUAGUAUCAUUGGAAAGCAUAUUCAGGCCUUUCUAAAACAGUGUUUAUCCUGUAUGAGCACACCCCAAACAGAGGCGGUGGAUGGACUCAAGCCUUUGUUGCAUUUGCCUCAUAGAUGCUUUUAUCUUUAGGAACAGAAGGGACUGCUCUAUUUUUGAAGUGUGAAUGCAUUAUUUAUGUGUGUUGACAACUGUCUGUAACAGCUGUUCUUUGUGAUUUUACAUUGUGUUUUGGUUUUAUUUGGGGAGAAUAAAUAUGUAUUUAAACCAGA